AUUGGACAUUGAAUGUGUAUAGAGGAGAGGUUUUUAUACGGAGGUUACUGUCUUGGGUGACUAUUAAUUGAUGUCGCAAUCCUUUGAAUUGAUAGGCAAAAGCUUAUAUUGAUGGGAUAUACAAUCAUACAGUAGCAUAUAAAUAUAAGAAUUAGCGGCCUCAUUCACGUUUGUAGUUCAGCGCAGACAAUCACGACCAUCAAUCCCGUACACGUGUUCGUAUCCUAGCAACCAUGGUUCGUCGCAAAUCAGGCGCAUACUUCGUAGACGCGCAAUUAGUUCCACGUGUACAGAGCUACAGUGAUGCCCAGAUCACUGAAAAUGGACUCUCACAUACAUCUAGGGAAGCGCACGAGAUGGUUUUGCGUAAUGCUGACCAUGUAGUAGACUUUCUUACACGCACCUAUCCGCGGGACUAUGCACGUAAAAAUAAACAGGUGAUGAGUAGAUCGGUUGGAAAAGCCAUCACAGUGGUGUGUAGGAAUGCGGGCGUGGUCAGGAUGAACGGGAGUGAUGUGAGUAUCAGUGUUACUGGAGAUGGGAGUGAUACGGAGAAUGCGCGCGAUUUUAGCAGCACAGAUAUUAACACUGAAGGGGAAGGGGACAUGGAAGAGGAAGAGGCCGAUGCAGAUGAACAGAUGGCAGCGAUGGAAGCUGAUGCAGCCUUUGCGGCGUCCGAGUGUGGCGUACAAGGGUUGGGUGAAGAUAAAGAAAUUGGGAUUGUCGAUGGGAGGAGUACGGGUAUGAACUUGCAGGCUCAAAGUGAGAUGGACAGUGAGCGUGAUGAGAAUGAGAACGAGAAUACGAGUGAUAGAGAUGGAAGUGCAAGCGCUUCGGGGGAGAAGAAGCACAAAGUGCGAGGGGCUGUGUCGACAGACAGAGAUACUAGAGACUCGCAUAGUCACCCAAAUAGUCCACACUCGGGUGUGAAGCGACAUGGGCCCAACAGCACCAGUGGGAAGCGAGGGCGGCGAUUAAUGGGUAGGCCAAGUGGAGACGGUGGAGGUACUAAGCGUGCACGUGUAGGGGGCUCCGGUGGUUCACGAGCGAAUAGUAGCAUGGACACACUGGGUGGCAAGGCGAGUCUACGGCCAAGUGCCAGAUACAGUGAUAUUGCGGGGAUAGAGAGUAUCUUGCAGGACGUACGAGAACUGAUCGAGUACCCUUUAUCACACCCAGAGAUCUACAAGCACUUGGGUAUCGAGCCACCCAGGGGUAUAUUGCUUCACGGUCUUCCAGGUACAGGCAAGACACUGCUAGCGAAUGCGAUAGCCGGGGAGCUGGGCUGUUCGUUUCUAAAAAUAUCUGCGCCUGAGGUAGUGAGCGGUAUGUCUGGGGAAAGUGAGGCGAAGAUCCGAGAGUUGUUCGACCAGGCCAAGGAGAUGGCACCCGCGAUAGUGUUCAUUGACGAGAUCGACGCCAUCGCCCCGAAGCGCGAGAAUGCGCAGAGGGAGAUGGAGAGGCGGAUUGUGGCCCAGUUGUUAACGUCCAUGGAUGAUGUAUGCACCGAAAACACGAAUAACAAUGCACCCGUUAUAGUGAUUGGGGCCACCAACAGGCCCGAUUCCCUGGACCCAGCACUUCGCCGGGCGGGCCGAUUUGACCGUGAAAUAUGCCUGGGCGCGCCCGACAAGCAUGCACGUGCGCGUAUUUUGGCAGUGCUCUGUUCUAAAUUGAGACUGGAGGGCGAGAUUGACCUGGAGAAAUUGGGUGCCAUGACCGCUGGGUUUGUGGGUGCUGAUCUCGCUGGGGUUACCCGGGAGGCGGCUGUGUUGGCCGUGCAUCGUAUAUUCUCCGAGCUGUACCAGAUCGAUAAGGCGAAGGCGGUGAAUGUAAUAGCAGAGAGGAAGAAUGCAAUCACUACUGGAACAAGUGCGAGUGAUAGUGUGGAUGCGAUUGUGAAAAGUAGUGGCGGUAGUAUCGUGGGCAAGAGCGCGAGUGAUAAGCAACUUGACGAGUCGAUGGCUCUGGUCAAAGCCGCCGCCGUGGUGUCAGAUACGGGAGAUGUGGGAAAGUUGGAAGGUAAAGAAGGUGCGAGCGAGCCUGGUAGUACUUUGUCUGAGGGUAGCAGUGGACAGUGGAACUCGUUUAAAACGACUAGUAUUACGUUAGACACCACCGUGUCCACAGACACGGCUUUGGCUGUGUUGUCAACCGAAACGACACUGAUUGGGACUCAGGACGGGACAGAGGAGAGCAGUACUAUACCAGGCGCGGCUUUGGUCACACAGACAAGUCCAAGCACAAGUACUACGGCACUUUCUUCAGCACUCCCAAGAAGUACGAGUGCCAACCGUAUGCUAGAGGAGCGUACCGCUGUAUCCGAUCAGUUGCGCAGCAAACUACGCCCACUCACAGAGAAGGAACUCGAGCCUCUGGCGGUGACUAUGGCCGAUUUUGAGUUAGCUGUUAAACAGGUACAACCCUCAGCCAAACGCGAAGGUUUCGCCACGGUGCCCGAUGUGACGUGGGCGGAUGUGGGGGCGCUCGACGACGUUCGUCUGGAAUUGCGCAUGGCUAUCAUGGAGCCUAUCAAGAACCCCGAGAAGUUCGAGGCGGUCGGGUUGACCACCCCUGCGGGUGUGUUGUUGUACGGACCACCCGGAUGUGGUAAGACGCUGCUGGCUAAGGCUAUCGCGAGUGAGAGUGGCACGAGUUUCAUCAGUGUCAAAGGCCCAGAACUCCUCAACAAGUAUGUGGGUGAGAGCGAACGCUCCAUCCGGCUGGUGUUCCAACGAGCCCGGGAUUCGUCCCCGUGUGUGGUGUUCUUCGACGAGCUCGAUGCACUCUGUCCCAGGAGAGGCACAGAGUCUCAUGCCAGCGAACGUGUGGUGAAUACGCUGCUGACGGAGAUGGAUGGCUUAGAAGCGCGUAAGAGUGUGUUUGUGAUUGCGGCCACGAAUCGGCCGGAUAUGAUCGACCCGGCUAUGCUUCGCCCGGGGCGUCUGGACAAGCUUUUGUUUGUGGACCUACCCUCUGCGUCGGAUCGCGUGGGUAUACUGAAGACCGUGACGCGUAAGACACCGUUAGGUAGUGAUGUGCAGGUGGCGGAUAUAGCACACGACAAGCGGUGUGAGGGGUUCAGUGGAGCGGAUCUGAGCUCGUUGGUGCGAGAGGCGACGGUUUCAUCACUGCGAGAGAGUAUACUGUACGGCAAAGCGCACACCCCGGUUGUGAGUAUGAGUCAUUUCGAUCAGGCGUUCGCAAACACGUACCCGUCUGUCACGGAGAAGGACAGGAGAACAUAUUCGUCCAUGCAGAGAAAGCUCAGAUCGGCCCGUGGAAAGAUAUCCAGCAAAGUCGAGGAGAUCAAGGACGGUGCCGCGGCAAGCGCGUCGGCAGGUGAGAAUCCCCCCAUGUGAUCUUUGUACUGAUGGCUAGUCGAUUAUUGGGACCGGGUGCAGUAGAUCAAACGAGUACUUGCACAGGUAUUACCCGCGGUGGUAUCGAUUGGAAUGGGCGCUAUCCCGGUCUCGGCUACCAGACGUACAUCCUACGACCGGAUGAAAUAAGCACAGUUGUUUUGCGCAUAGCUACGAAGCUUUGAUAGUUGGAUAGGAUCCAGGUUCAACUCUAUUGAUAUGCCGUGCUAUAAACGAAAAAGUACAAUUUCUACUGGUGCUAAAACUUUAUACUCUAGAAUGGUGCGGUAUUCACCAGAAGAUAUGGCGAGGCAAUCUCGUUUUGAGGUUCGAUUCCUUCCUGCACAUCGGCGGUCUAGCUGCUGUUUAUUCACCCCUACCGAUUGUAGCCAGCCUUUCUAAGUGAGUGGUCUGAUUCCUGACAGAUCAUCAAUAGCUUGCAUAGGGAACCGGGUAUGGGCGAUGGGUACCUUGAUUUGCGAGACCUCGAAUACAAGAAAUGGACUAAAUAACCUGUAAAGGUUCAUAAUAAGGCUGAAAACCUAAUCUGAUAUAAGCCAAUCUACCCUGGCUUAUGCUUGACCUGUGGUGUCUACUAUAGCCUAGGAUGCAUUAAUCGUACUGUAGUGCGUUUACCUUAGUUGCUGUUUGAAUUAUAAUUUAUAUAUAUAUAUAUGACACCAGUAGCAUUGCUAUCUAUAAAUCAAGGCACAUGCUUUAUUUACU